AUUUCAGUAAUUGGAAACUAUUUUGAUAGCCAAGCCUUAUUUUCGUCUAAUUAAUAAAUUGUAAUUAAAAACAAUUUCUGCUUCUCCAAUACAAAAGAAAUAAAAUAAAACAUUAUGGUUGUCAAGGUUUACAUAAGUGGGAUUUCAGGAAACAAAGAAGUGAAAAAAAGACAACAAAGAGUACUGAUGAUAUUAGAUUCGAAAAACAUUAAGUAUGAAGUCAUCGACAUAACGGAACCGGGUAAAGAGGACGAUAAGGAUUUUAUGCAAAACAAUGCGAAAUGUAACGGCGGAACUGUGAGCGACCCUAAUCCCCGAUCACCGCUGCCGCCGCAAGUAUUUAAUGAUGAGGAGUAUUGUGGGGAUUAUGACCAAUUUGAUAUGGCUAAUGAAGUGGAUACCUUAGAACAAUAUUUAAAGUUGGAAAUACCAUCUGAAUCCCUCCCGGGUCCUGACAAUGAGGUGAGUAUUAAGAAUGGCAGUGUUAAGGAAUCCAGUAUAGAGAAAAAAUAUAAAAACUCCAAUGUUGAUGCAUCUGAAGAAUAUGUAAAUAAUGAGGCUAAUGAAGGUGCUUCUACGAAUGAAGAGAUACAAGCUGCUAACACAGAACUAGAUGAAAAUCUAUUGGAGGAAGUAGAAAAUGAAGAUUCUGAAAAUAGGUUAAAACCUGAAUAUGUAAAUAAAUCCUCAAAAGAAAUAGCCCCUGCAAACGACGAAAAUGGCCAUGAAAAUGGAGUUAUCAGUUCCCGUGAGCCAUCAAAUGAAAAAGAAGAAAUUCAGCAUACAAAGGAAAACCUUUCAGAAGCCCUCAUUGAAAGUGAAAAGGCAGUCUCUACUGAAUAGUCUGUCUGUUUUAUUGCUUAUCAGCUCAAAUCACUUAUAGCACUAAGCAUUACUCAUCAUUAUUUAUAAUCAUUGUUCACAUUAUUGCAAAAUUAUAUCAAAUCAUUGUAUAUAACAAAAGUAUUGUUGAGAUUUUGUGUUAUGUAGCUAUGUAUGUUUACAUUAUUAUGAAGUGGCCUACAUCGUUUUAGAUAUAAUUCAAUGUAAGAUAAAUAUUUUGACAUUGUAUUAUUUUUAUGAAUAAUUUAAUAAUGGAUUGAAUAUUGGUUGUAAUCCUUAUUAACAUUUAGAUAGAGUGCCUCUUUCUACGAGGAUUAUAUUUGACUAUUAUUUUCUGCAUAAUUUGCUUGAAAGUUUUGAUCUGGAUUUAUUUAUAUAAAUGAAAUGAGCAUUCUACAAAUGCUCUUAAUGAAGUUCAGGUAUAUAUGAUAUAUCAUGGCAGACAUGACAUUUACUUGUAAGAAAUGCCAAUAUCAAGACUUAUAGUCUUAAGGUGCUAAAUUCUAGCCUUAAUUGCGUUUUCUUGCUUAGUCAGUGCUUUUGUAUUGUAAUUUUAGUUUAUUACAUUUAUUCAUCAAUUCUUAAUAUUAUUAAAGACAUUUUUAACAAUUUUUUCUUAUAAUAAAUUUCAGUAAUUAUUA